ACUCAAACGUUGUCCAUUCAGUAACAGCAGCAGACAUAUGACGGUCUAUCAUAUAAACAUUUCUCUACUCUCCAUUCUAAUCGUCAGCCUGUUGGCUAACAUUUAUGAUCUUUGUGUUGGCUUUACCAAUGAGGAGCGUAAUCAUAAAUGCAUUCACUCCCGCAUGGUGGGCCAGACAAAUUGUUCGCCCUGCAUUGACUUGUACGUCUUCAAUCGAGACGUCGGCUAUCGACGCUGUGAACAUGUGAAUGGGCGGUGUUUUCCUUUUCGUACCGUCUUUAAUACAGCGCGCCAAUGCGAGGACACAUGCCGUCCCUUUUUGGAACGCAACACAUUGGGAAAACAGACAACGAAGGCUCCCAAAUUGCCACCACCAAACCAGAGUGACGAGGAUUACGAUUUUUAGGUUACAAUUCAUUAAACUCAACAUUUUUGUUUGCUUUUAUUAUAAUAAAGAGUGAUGAUGAUGGUAAUGAUGAUAAACAUAA